AAAAAUUACUAGUACUAUCGUCUCUCAGUUAUGGCUCCUGAUGCUACUGAUGCUCUUGCAGUUAGAGAAAAAGUUAAUAAGUUUUUGAAGGCGGCUUGUUCAGGGGAUAUUGAGCUUUUCAAGAAGUUGGCAAAGCAACUGGAUGAUGGAAAAGGGUUGGCUGGUACAGUGGCGGAUGUGAAGGAUGGUAAUAAAAGAGGGGCAUUGAUUUUUGCCGCCAGGGAAGGCAAGAUUGAAUUGUGCAAGUAUUUGGUGGAAGAGUUGAAAAUUGAUGUCAAUGAAAAAGAUGAUGAAGGUGAGACUCCUCUUCUUCAUGCUGCUAGGCAAGGGCACACUACUACUGUCCAGUACCUCUUGGAACAGGGUGCAGAUCCUGCAAUACCCAGCGCCUCGGGGGCAACAGCUUUGCAUCAUGCUGCAGGAAAUGGACAUGUUGAAUUGGUUAAGUUGUUACUGUCAAAGGGUGUAGAUGUUGAUUUACAAAGUGAGGCUGGAACACCGCUUAUGUGGGCUGCAGGUUUCGGCCAGGAAGAGGUUGUCAAGGUUUUGCUGGAACAUCAUGCUAAUGUUCAUACUCAAACAGAAGAUGAAAAUAAUGUCUGUCCUUUGGUAUCAGCUGUAGCAACCGAUUCAUUGCCUUGCGUGGAGCUGUUAGUGAAGGCAGGGGCUGAUGUCAAUGUUAGGACUGGUGAUGCAACUCCUUUGCUCAUUGCUGCUCAUAAUGGUAGUGCAGGAGUCAUUAACUGCUUACUACAAGCUGGAGCUGAUCCGAAUGCGGCUGAGGAGGAUGGUACCAAGCCAAUACAAGUUGCAGCUGCAAGCGGCAGUAGGGAAGCUGUUGAAGCUUUAUUGCCUGUCACAGAACGGAUUCAGAGUGUUCCAGAAUGGAGUGUGGAUGGAGUGAUUGAGUUUGUGCAAUCUGAAUAUAAGAGAGAACAGGAAAGAGCAGAAGCUGGGAGGAAAGCAAACAAGUCAAGAGAACCUAUUAUUCCAAAGAAAGAUUUACCUGAGGUGAGUCCUGAAGCAAAGAAGAAAGCUGCAGAUGCAAAGGCGAGGGCAGACGAGGCAUUUAAUAGGAAAGAUUUUGCUACAGCUAUAGAUACUUACACGCAGGCAAUCGAUUUUGAUCCAACUGAUGGCACUCUGUUUUCCAAUAGAAGUCUUUGUUGGCUCCGCCUGGGCCAAGCUGAACGCGCCUUAAGUGAUGCCAGGGCCUGCAGAGAACUUAGACCAGAUUGGGCAAAAGGUUGUUAUCGGGAAGGUGCAGCUCUACGUCUAUUGCAGAGGUUUGAAGAGGCAGCCAAUGCUUUCUAUGAGGGUGUACAGAUCAACCCUGAUAAUAUGGAACUCGUAACUGCUUUCAGGGAAGCUGUCGAGGCUGGUAGAAAAGUUCAUGCCACAAACAAGGUUGAUUCGCCGUCCUAGAGUUAGAAAGCGCAUAAUGAGAGAACAAUUGUCCGCUUCUUUUUUCCUGGGCGACAAGACUUUCGCUGGAGCAAGCUGAUUAUGGGGCAUGCCUUUUUUGGAUAGUUCCAAAUGGAUUAUAUAAUGGUGGAGAUGGGGUUGUAGAAGAAGAAGAAGAAAGAGAGAUUCGAUAAUUUGAAAAAUUAUUAAAUUUCGAUAAUUUUUUUAAAAAAAAUAUGAAUAUCAUAUUCAUUUGCUUAUAUCGUGUUUUUCCAAUUAAUCUAUUUUAAUUUCAUGCAA